AUGUCUGCUUCUACUCGCAUCCCUCCCAUCGCCCAGCCAUUCGUUAGCGACCGCGCUAAGAAGACCCUCGACUUGGUCGAGGAGUUCGUCGAGAAAGAUUGUAUCCCCGCCGAUGCCGUAUUCUCCGCCGAGCUCGGCGAGGGCGAAAAGAGAUGGCAGACCACCCCCGUGGUGAUGGAGCAGCUGAAGGAGAAGGCUAAGAAGCUCGGCUUGUGGAACAUGUUCCUGCCGAAGAACCACUUCAAGCAGGGUGCUGGCUAUAGUAAUGUCGAGUAUGGUCUUAUGGCCGAGUUGCUCGGAAAGAGCAAGGUUGCCUCCGAGGCUACGAACAAUGCUGCUCCCGAUACUGGUAACAUGGAGGUGCUGGCCAAGUACGGCAAUGAUGCUCAGAAGCAGGAGUGGCUUGUGCCCCUGCUCGAUGGCAAGAUCCGUUCUGCUUUCCUGAUGACCGAGCCCGACGUUGCGUCCAGUGAUGCUACCAAUAUCGAAUUGAACAUCCGCCGCGAGGGCAACGAGUAUGUCCUGAAUGGCUCGAAAUGGUGGUCCUCGGGCGCUGGUGACCCCCGCUGCAAGAUCUACCUUGUCAUGGGCAAAUCCGACCCCAACAACAAAGACACCUACCGCCAGCAGUCCGUGGUUCUUGUGCCCGCUGGUCUGCCCGGCAUCACCGUGCACCGCAUGCUGAGCGUCUACGGCUACGAUGAUGCCCGCACGGCCACGGCCACAUCACUUUCACCAACGUGCGCAUCCCCGUCUCCAACAUGGUUCUGGGGCCGUCUCGGUCCCGGCCGUAUCCACCACGCCAUGCGCACUAUUGGCGCAGCGGAGAAGGCACUCGAGUGGCUCAUUGCGCGCGUCAACGAUGACCGCAAGAAGACCUUCGGCCAGCCUCUUUCUUCGCAUGGUGUCAUUAUCGAGUGGAUUGCCAAGUCGCGUAUCGAGGUUGAUGCUGCUCGUCUCGUUGUGCUGAAUGCUGCUAUUAAGAUCGAUCAGGGCGAUGCCAAGUCUGCUCUUAAGGAGAUUGCUCAGGCUAAAGUGCUUGUGCCCCAGACUGCAUUGACUAUUAUCGAUCGCGCUGUACAGGCUUAUGGCGCUGCUGGUGUUUGCCAAGAUACUCCUCUUGCUUAUUUGUGGGCUGGUAUCCGUACUCUGCGUAUUGCUGACGGUCCAGAUGAGGUUCACUUGGCUCAGCUGGGUCGUCGCGAGAACCGCGAUCGUAAGGAUGCCGUGGUUGCUAAGCUAAAGUGGCAGCGUGAGGAGUCAGAUCGAUUGCUUCUUGCCUCUGGCUUCAAGGCUAAGAGCCAUCUGUGA